UUUUUAUUUAAAAAAUUGUAUCCUCAACUGAAGAAACUGACAGCAGAGAGAAAGAUAGAGAGAUACAGUGAAUGUAUAGAGAGAGAGAGAGAGAGAGAGGAGAGAGGUGGCGCUUGAUUUUGCCAGAAACGAAGAUUGAAGAAUCUAAAUAAAAAAAAAACUUAUUGAUUCAUUAUAAAGGUAAGAAGUAUAUAGUUUCAGAGAGAUAGAGAGAGAAAUACAUACACAAUUACUGUAUGACUCGCAUAGAAUAAACAAUCUAUAUCUAUGAAUGAUGAUGAGAACAUGAAGAAGCUAAGAUUAUUGAGGCAUUAUUGUUGUUGGUAGCAGCGAAGCGAGUGUAGUGAUGGUGGAUCGGGCAAGUGUAGUUGUUGGUUUUGGUGUUCUGUUCAUGUUGUUUAACUCUACAUUCCAACAAUUGGUGGUGCCUUUGAGUUCGCGCAUUGAAAGGGUCUCUUUAAUUCAACUCAGAUCAUCGUUAGGGUUGAGAAGCCGUGACUGGCCUGUUAAGGCCGACCCUUGUUUAGUCUGGGUUGGUGUCUAUUGCCAGAAUGGUCGAGUCAUUGGGAUCAACAUUUCUGGGUUUAAGCGAACCAGAAUUGCUGCUCAAAACCCCCAAUUUGCUGUUGAUUCCCUCGCCAAUUUCACUCUCUUGGCCUCGUUUAAUGCUUCUAUGUUCUUGCUUCCUGCUCCAAUUCCUGACUGGUUUGGCCUUUCUCUCACCUCCCUCCAAGUGCUCGAUCUUCGGUCUUGUUCUAUUACUGGUGCUAUUCCAUCUAGUUUUGGAAAUUUAACUAAUCUCACCUCUCUGUAUUUGUCUGAUAAUGUUCUUGAUGGGAUAAUCCCUUCUAGUUUCGGCCAAUUGUCUCGUCUUUCAGUUCUUGAUCUCUCUCAAAAUUCGCUUACUGGAUUUAUUCCUUUGUCCGUUGCCUCUCUUAUGAAUCUCACUUUACUCAACAUGUCCUCCAAUUUAUUGUCUGGGAUAAUUCCUCCAGCCAUUGGGUCUCUGUCCAAGCUCCAAUACUUAAAUCUUUCUAAUAAUAAUCUUUCUUCCUCGAUACCUGCUCAACUUGGAGACCUUUCUAGUUUGGUUGACCUUGAUCUCAGCUCCAAUUCUUUUUCUGGGUCUGUAUCUGCAGACUUGAGAGGGUUAAGGAAUUUAAAGAAAAUGGUUAUUGGGAACAAUUUACUUACUGGUUCAUUGCCUGAUGACUUGUUUCCUGCUCUAACCCAGUUGCAAUUUAUACUUCUAAAUCAUAAUGAUUUCACUGGUGGCCUUCCUGAUAUAUUGUGGUCAAUGCCUGAAUUGCGUUUUCUUGAUGUAUCUGCCAAUAACUUCACUGGUACUCUGCCCAGCAUUAAUUUAAAUUCUAUUGCCACGACUGCAGUAUUGAACCUCUCUCAGAAUACAUUUUAUGGAGGUCUCACAUCUGUACUCAGGAGGUUCAAUUUUAUCGAUCUGUCUGGUAAUUAUUUUGAAGGCUUGGUUCCGGAUUAUGCUCCUAGUAAUGCAUUCUUCAUUAGGAAUUGCCUCCAAAACAAGUCAACUCAGAGGAGCAGUGCAGAAUGUGCAUCAUUUUAUAAUGAGAGGGGUCUGCAGUUUGAUAAUUUUGGAUUCCCAAACACAACUCAACCUCCUCCAGCUAAGCCUUCGCCAAAGAGCCACAAAAACUUGAUCAUAUUGGCAGGAGUUUUGGGUGGGGUAGGGUGUAUUGCAAUUUUGGUAAUUGUGAUGGUGCUGCUGUUUGUAUGCACCUGCAAGAGUGUAACUAAUCGAAGAGGGAGAGGUGUGGGGCCCAUUCCUGUAGGUGGAAGCUCACCGCCUCCCGGAUUGUCUUCAAAACUUUCAAGUCCUGGAGAAGCAUUUACAUAUCAGCAGAUUCUCCAGGCAACAGAUAACUUCAAUGAUGUGAAUCUCAGGAAAUAUGGCCAUUCAGGUGAUCUCUUCCAAGGAAUGUUUGAAGAUGGGAUCCGUGUAGUCAUCAAAAAAAUUGAUUUGCUCUCAGUUAAGAAGGAAGCAUACAUGAAAGAGUUGAAUUUUUUCAGUAAGAUUUCUCAUACCCGAUUGGUUCCCCUCCUGGGACAUUGCCUGGAGAAUGAGAAUGAGAAGUAUCUGGUUUACAAAUAUAUGCCAAAUGGGGACUUGUCAAGUUCUUUGUACAGGAAAACUAAUUCAGAGGAUGGCAGUUUGCAGUCAUUGGAUUGGAUAACAAGAUUGAAAAUUGCAAUAGGAGCUGCAGAGGGGUUAUCUUAUCUACAUCAUGAAUGUUCUCCAGCCCUUGUGCACAGAGAUGUUCAAGCCAGCAGUAUACUUCUUGAUGAUAAAUUUGAAGUGCGGCUAGGGAGCUUGAGUGAGGUUUGUGCUCAAGAAGGGGAAAAUCAUCAAAGCAAGAUUACCAGGCUGCUGCGGUUGCCAUCAACAUGUGAACAAGGCACUUUUGGUUCGCCAUCAGCUACAUGUGCUUAUGAUGUUUACUGCUUCGGGAAGGUGUUAUUGGAGCUGGUAACGGGUAAGCUGGGCAUCAGUGCAUCAAGCGAGGCUAAAAUGAAAGAUUGGUUGGAAGAGACAUUGCCUUAUAUCAGUAUAUACGACAAAGAACUCGUGACGAAUAUCGUGGACCCGUCUCUAAUCGUAGACGAGGACUUAUUAGAAGAAGUAUGGGCGAUGGCUAUUGUUGCUCGAUCUUGCCUUAAUCCAAAGCCUUCUAGACGGCCGCUUAUGAGGUAUAUUCUAAAAGCUUUGGAAAGCCCUUUAAAGGUAGUAAGAGAAGAACACAUUAGCUCUGCAAGGCUGAGAACCACUUCCUCUAGAAGGUCUUGGAAUGCUGCUCUAUUUGAAAGCUGGCGUACUAGCUCAUCAGAUGUAGUGGUGGUCCCCAUCAGCAAAGCUGAUGGCGGGGGUCAUUAUUCAUCAUCGACUAGACAGCAAUCCAAGGAGAUAUUCCCUGAACCAUCCGAUGAGCAUGAUAUAGAGAGACCAAAUGAGGACUAGAAGUGAGAUUGAUUGUUCUUGAUUCUUUGUUAAUAAUACAACAGCAAGCUCCCCAUUUGUGGGCCUUGCUAUAUUCUCCUUGAAAUUGGGGGUUUGGAAGCCAUUUUUGUUCUUACCCAUUGGGGUGUCCAAAAAAUGCAUAGAAAUGUAUUUUGAAGUUUGAAGAACGUGUUUGCUUCCCUGGAAAGCCAACAUCAAAUUGUUCAUGGGUUUUGUGAGAGAGGAGGGUUGUUGUUUAUGGUGUAUCAUUGGUGGUUCUUGCACUUAUUUGUUUUGGGGCUUGUUUUAUGGUGAAACAGCUAAAUUUUUUAUUUGUAAUUAAUUGAUCUUUGUUAUUGGUCCUCUCGUGGAAUGCAAAUUGCAACAGUUGGGCCUUUUUUAAAUGUGAAUUUUUUUUUUUUUCGCCUUAGGAGUUUUGUCCAAAAAGCAAGAUGUUUUUUUAGCUUUAAUAGAAAGAAGUGGUAAGCAUUUGAAAAGAGGUCCCACCGAGAUUUGAACUCGGGUUUCAAUUGUGGACCUACUGAGUGUUUCAAUUUAAUACAUGAACCAAUGUAAUACAAGUUGUGUCA